UUGAUGCCUGCCUAUCUCUGUCAUUAUUUAAUUAACCUGGGAGAGAGGUGCGCCUCGCCAUAGGCGGGACCUGCUAGCAAGGGAGAAGGGAAGGCGAGCAAACACUUCAGGAUCGCAUUAAAAGCUCGCCCGCCUUGUAUUUAAUUCCUGCUUUUUUUACCUGGGAGGGGAAAAAAAGGGGGAAAAAAUAAACAAACCAGCAGCGAAAAGAAGAAGUGGGGGGAAAAAAAAUAGAAGAGAAAUCGCGAUGAUGCCAGCACAUCCAGUCUCGCCUACACACCUAUCCAAACCUCGGCAAACUCCAGGUUAAUAAGAAGCACGAAUACCAGGGUUGGGAGACAACGGCUUCCAAAUAUUUUCCCGGAUCGAGGCACGGAAGAGCAUCUGCCGAGACAAAACAGACCAUGGAUGGAUGGUCCUCGCCUUAGGACCACAAUUGAGGAGGACUGUGGGGUUAUUUUCUUGCAGACGUUUCAUGACCCAACUAGAUGCAUUUCUUUUUCUCAGAUCAAGUGAUUCUCCUGUUUGACUUCUGGGAUGUCCACAGCGCAGGAGGGAUGGUGCUCUCUGUGUUCGUCAUCAUGCUAUUCACCGUGUUAUAUGAAGGCAUCAAAGUUGGCAAGGCAAAACUGAUCCAACACUCACAGAUGGCCGUGGCCCCUAGCAUCAGUCAGGAAAACCUCAGAGAAGGGAAUUCCGUGAACUCAGAUGUGGGAUCAGCCACCAGUUCCCUAAAGAAGCGUCUUUCAUGGCACCUAGCAGAGACCUUAGUCCACGUGGUCCAGGUGUUUUUGGGUUAUCUGGUGAUGCUGGCCGUCAUGACUUACAACACGUGGAUUUUCCUGGGAGUGAUUGCGGGUUCGGCCAUCGGAUACUUUGUGGCGUAUCCGUUACUAUGCCUCAGAUAGCAGCGCGGAAGCUUCUCGCAACAGACAGCUCAAAACUGAAAAUCACGGCGAUUUUGCAACUGGAAUGGAUCCUAUUGGGACAAGUCCUAUCCAAGAGAGAUCUGAGGUUCUCCCUGGGCUUCAUUUUAUCUCUCAUCUUGGCCGACGCUUCUAAUCCUCUAAAAUAGCCAUUGUGCUUCCAAUUCCAAGUCAUUUUUUUCGCUAAGUGCCUUAACACGGACUUUUCUCGCGUCCAGAAAGUUAACUUCAAGGAGAGUUGUCCAUCUGCUCCCAUCUAGAGGUAAAGGGCGCAAUAUGGUUGUCCUUAAGGUUACCUUCAAACCAGGGGUGGAAAUCCAGCAGGUUCUGCAGAACCGGUAGCGGAAAUUCUGAGUAGUUCGGAGAACCGGCAAACGCCACCUCUGGCUGGCCCCAGAGUGAGGUAGGAAUGGGGAUUUUGCAGUAUCCUUCCCCUGCCAUGCCCAUCAAGCCACACCCACAGAGCCGACAGUUAAAAAAAAAAUUGGAUUUCACCACUGCUUCAAACCCUACAGAAUGUGUUCGGGGAUGACAUAGCUUUGAUCAAUUUAUCUUUGGUCACCCUUAAAUCUCAUCUGCUUGCUUGGAAAAUAAAGCCGCCAGCAGGAAAGUAGGGAGGAAGGGGCAGAUGUUGCCCCAAAACCUUAAAAGAGAGUAAUCGAGAUAAAUAUCCUAUUAUCUACUUAAUGAGUACAAUAAGCUUUUUAAGCUUUCCAAGGCACAGUUGGAAAAAUUCCUUCGUCAACACCAUGAUCUGAAGCACUUUAACGGAUCCGGUUUGUCUCUAUUCUCAAUGUUUAUUCUGCUUUUCGACUCCAGAUAUUCUCCCAGAUAUUUUCAUCCUGUCAAAGCAAUGGGUAAUUAAGACUAUUUACCAAAGAACCUUUAUUUCAGAGACUGGGUCACUAAUCUAGGAAUUCAGGGCCCGGAAAGAACAAUCAUGAUCAUUGUAUAGAUGUUUUUUUUUUAAAAUACAGAAAGUCCUCGACGUACGACCACAAUGCAGCUCAAAAUUUCCGUGGCUAAGCGUGACGUUCGUUGAGUGAGUUUUGCCCCCGUUUUGCGACUUCUCUUGCCCCCCCGUGGUGAAGUGAAUCCCUGCCGUUGAUCCGUCAAUCACCCGGUUGUUAAGUGAAUCUGGUUUCCCCAUUGACUUCAGCUGGUCAGAAGGUCGCAAAAUUGGGAUCACAGCCACGGUCAUAAAUACGAACCAGUUGCCAAGCGUCUGAAUUUUGAUCACACAGUUACAAGGAGGUUGUAAGUGUGAAAAACGAUAGUCAAUCCCUUUUUUGGGUGCUGUUGUGAUGGUCACUAAAUGAACUGUCGUAAGUCGAGGACUACCUGUAAUUAUUUUAGAGGAGGAGGGAAGAGAUUGAGACAAAUUCUUGGCAUGUUCAGGAUUGAAGUUGCAGUUUCGUAACCUACAUCGAGGGGUGAAAUCUACUUACCUUCCUUACCGGUUCAGAAGUACUGUACACACACCGCACACGCACAUCCUCUGUGCAUGCAUAAAACCUUUCUGCGCAUGCACAGAGGGUACAAAACACAUUACUUCCUGGGUAAAACCAGGAAGUGACAACAGCCGGGCCGGUGGGCUGAGUCUCGCACCACGAUUGCUUCUGGUUCUCCGAACCACCGGCCAAGAUUGCUACCGGAUCAGGCGAUCCGGUCCGAACUGGGAGCAUUUAACCCCUGCCUAGAUCCCCCAACUUGUAUGUCCAAAAAGGGAGUGAAGGUGUCACACCUUUGGAUAGUUAUCAAUAAAGACUAACACAUUUAAGUCUUCCUGCUGGGAAAAUUACUAGACCCUCCUACUCAAGGUAGAAUGUGAUAAGAGCUAAGGCCUCUCCAAGCAUUUACUCCUAAAUCUUUGCAAUUCCCAUCUCAAAUAUCAAUAUAAAUAGGGUCUGAAUGGAAAUUGCAUAGAUUAUUUUGAACAACCAUUUGUUUGGAAUGCUUGAGCAGGGGGUUGGGCUAGAAGACCUCCAAGGUCCCUUCCAACUCUGUCAACAAUAGCUUGGUAAAAAAAGGUCUGCUGAUUUAAUUUACUUUUUAAUUUACGUGGAUAGUUUUAAACCAGUUAGCUUCUCCCUGUAAAGAAUGUUGUAAAAGAAACGAGAGGUCAUUGCCUUUACAAAUUCUGUGUGUUUAAAGUUGUUGGUACCCAUUGAACAUUCCUUUCUGGGGAAUGAAACAUUCCAAGGAAUUCCAGACUAUGUCAUGUUGCUUCUAGACCGUGAUUAUCUUGGAAGAGGAUAAAAAUCACAUCCCAAAUUUAUUUUUAAGGUCAUCCCCGAACCGUAGACUCUGGAAGAUAAACGCAGAAUCCCUUGGAAUGAAAUUUUGCACAUCUCUAGCACCUACUAAAACUAUGUUUAAAAUGAAGCAAUGAUGAAAUGUAUUUUUUUUUUAAAAGUCCAAUAAAUGUAUUACUAAUUCUC